CCGCCGUGCCAGGACGCCGCCGCCAGUAAACAUGGCGCCGCGCAUAACCAGCAGUCCGCGCCGUGUGCCCCCUUACUGAAAGUCCCGAAGCGCCGAGACCCUUUUAGCCAUGGAGACGGAGGAGGAGCAGCACAUGACCACGCUCCUCUGCAUGGGCUUCCCCGACCCCGCCGCCGUCCGCAAGGCCCUCCGCCUGGCCAAGAACGACAUCAACGAGGCCGUGGCUUUGCUCACGAACGAGAGCCCUGGACUCGGCUACGGCUACGAGCCGAUGGAGAGCGGCCCUGCCCCGGGUUCCGGGCCCAGCGGAGACGGUGAGAGGAGCGGCAGGACCGGGACGGGCGGCUUCGACCCUCCGCCGGCUUACCACGACGUGGUGGAAAGCGAGAGGAGUAACGAUGAGAAUGGAAACUGUUCUGGGAGCAGUAUGGAGUUCCCCACCACUAACCUCUAUGAGCUGGAGAGCAGGGUGUUCACUGAUCACUGGUCCAUCCCGUACAAGAGAGAGGAGUCGCUGGGCAAGUGUCUCAUUGCCUCCACCAGCCUUGCCAGACUGGGCCUGGCUGAUGCAGAUGAGAACUGUAAGCGCUUCAUGGACAGGUGCAUGCCCGAGGCCUUCAAAAAGCUGCUGACGUCGAGUGCGGUGCAUAAGUGGGGGACGGAGAUCCACGAGGGCAUCUACAACAUGCUGAUGCUGCUGGUGGACCUGGUGGCAGAGCGGGUGAAGCAGGACCCCAUCCCCACCGGCCUUAUGGGUGUCCUGACUAUGGCGUUCAAUCCGGAUAAUGAGUAUCACUUUAAGAACCGGAUGAAGGCGAGUCAGAGGAACUGGGCCGAGGUGUUUGGGGAGGAUGGCAUGUUUGCAGUCUCUCCCAGCACCAGCUAUCAGAAGGAGCCUCAUGGUUGGCUGGUGGACCUUGUGAACCGGUUUGGAGAAAUGGGUGGUUUCACAGCCAUUCAGAGCAAGCUGAACCAGGAGGAGAUGGAAAUUGGGAGUGUGUCUGCUCUGGUACAGCCGCUUGGUGUGUGUGCAGAAUACCUCAACUCCAGCCUGGUCCAGCCCAUGCUGGACCCAGUCAUCCACAAGAUGAUCACAUACGUGCAGAAUCUGGAGGAGAAGGACCUCAAGGACAAGAGGCUGGUGAGCAUUCCGGACCUGCUGUCUGCCAUCAAACUGCUGUGCAUGAGGUUCCAGCGGGACCUGGUCACUGUGGUGGACGACCUCAGGCUGGACAUCCUCCUCCGCAUGCUCAAGACCCCCCACUUCAGCGCCAAGAUGAACUCCCUGAAAGAGGUGACGAAGCUUAUUGAGGAGAGCACUGUGUCCAAGACUGUGAAGAAUGCCAUAGACACAGACCGGCUCCUCGACUGGCUGGUGGAGAACUCCGUCCUCUCGAUAGCCCUGGAAGGCAACAUUGACCAAGCGCAAUAUUGUGAUAGGAUAAAGGGAAUCAUUGAGUUGCUGGGCAGUAAACUCUCAUUGGACGAGCUCUCCAAGAUCUGGAGGAUACAGUCUGGCCAGUCCUCGACGGUCAUAGAAAACAUCCACACCAUCAUCGCCGCCGCCGCUGUCAAAUUCAGCUUCGAGCAGCUGACUCACCUCUUCGUCCUCAUACAAAAAAAGAGCUGGGAGGUUGAGAGUGAUCGAGUCAGACAGAAACUCCUGAGUUUGAUCGGGAGGAUAGGCAGAGAAGCCCGCUCUGAAACAACGACGGUGAAGGUGUUGGAGGUUCUGUGGGAUCUGGCCCACCUGCCCACCCUCCCCACCACCCUGGUGCAGCAGGCGCUGGAGGAGCACCUAACCAUCCUGAGUGACGCGUACGCCGUCAAAGAAACCAUCAAGAGGAACUACAUUAUCAAGUGCAUCGAGGACAUCAAGAAGAUACAAAUACAGGAGGCUUCAAAGUCCACCAGCGAGACACAGGUCUCUUUUUUAACUGGCACCUGGGGCAAGAAGAAACCAAGCUCAUUGGCCAAAUCAUCCCAGCAGAGCAACCCUCAGACAGUAUGGGUUGUUCCUGCCCUUCGACAGCUUCAUGAGAUCACUCGGUCCUUUAUCAAGCAGACCUAUCAGAAACAAGAUAAGAGUAUAAUCCAGGAUCUGAAGAAGAACUUUGAGAUAGUGAAGCUGAUCACAGGCUCUCUGGUGUCGUGCCAUCGUCUGGCUGUUUCCGUUGCUGGCUCCAGUGGUCUCUCAGGAUCUACUCUUGUAGAUGGCAGAUACUCUUAUCAAGAGUAUUUGGAAGGCCAUCUGAGGUUUUUGGCGUUCUUUCUACAAGAGGCCAGCCUUUACUUGGUGUGGAACAGGGCUAAAGAGAUCUGGGAGUGCCUGGUGUCCGGGAUGGAUGUGUGUGAGCUGGACCGCGAGAUGUGUUACGAGUGGUUCACUAAAGGACAGCAUGACCUGGAGAGCGAUAUCCAGCAGCAGCUCUUCAAAGAGAAGAUCCUCAAACUUGAGCCUUACGAGAUCACCAUGAACGGGUUUAACCUCUUCAAGACCUUCUUUGAGAAUGUGAAUCUAUCAGACCAUCGUCUCAAACGGCAGGGAACGCAACUGUGUGUGGAGCGCCUGGACCUGGUCGGCAUGGACUUCAUCUGGAGAAUCGCCAUGGAGUCCCCUGAUGAGGACAUCGCCAACGAGGCCAUUCAGCUCAUCAUCAGCUACAGUUACAUAAACCUCAACCCCAAAAUGAAGAAGGAUUCUGUGACCUUGCAUAAGAAGUUCAUAGCAGAUUGCUAUAAGAGGUUGGAGGCCGCCAGCUCUGCCCUUGGGGGCCCCACCUUGACCCACGCGGUCACUCGAGCAACCAAGAUGCUGACGGCCACCGCCAUGCCGACCGUUGCCACAUCUGUGCAGUCGCCCUCCAGGUCUACUAAACUUGUGAUCAUCGAGAGGCUGCUGUUAUUGGCUGAGAGAUACGUCAUCACCAUCGAGGAUCUCCACUCAGUUCCUCGGACUAUACUACCUCAUGGAGCUUCUUUCAAUGGCCACCCUGUGACCCUCCACGUAACCUAUGAAUCUACCAAAGAUACCUUCACUCUGGAGGCUCACAGUAAUGAAACAAUCGGCAGCAUCAGGUGGAAGAUUGCGGAGCAACUUAGCUGUCCUGUGGACAACGUACAGAUAUUCGCCAACGACAGCAUGCUGACAAUGAACAGGGAUCAGAAGCUGCUGAACCAACUGGGUUUCUCUGACGAGCAGAGUCUGACGGUGAAGAGCUCGGGGACAGGGACGCCCUCGGCCAGCUCCGCUGACAGCUCCGCCUCCGCCAGCUCGAGCAGCAGUGGGGUCUUCAACUCUGCAUAUGCCCUGGAGCAGGAGAAGUCUCUCCCUGGCGUAGUGAUGGCGUUAGUGUGUAAUGUUUUUGAGAUGCUCUAUCAGCUCGCCAACCUGGAGGAGCCCAGAAUAACUCUGCGCGUGAGGAAACUGUUGCUCCUCAUCCCGACUGAUCCGGAGGUGCAGGACGCCCUGGAUAACUUUGUGCCAAAGGAAUCCAGCGUGUGGAGCCACCAGAAAACUCUGUUCACCUUGGGUUCUGGCUCCCAGGCCUCCAAGUCUCCAUCUCUCUCCAGCAAACAUCAGCAUCAGCAGAGUGCCGCCUCCAUCCUGGAGGCUCUGUUCCGCUCCUCUGCCCCGGGCAUGUCCACCUUCAGAGUGCUCUACAAUCUAGAGGUGUUGAGUUCCAAGCUGAUGCCCACCUCUGAUGACGAGAUGGCGAAGACAAGCGUCAAGUCCUUCUGUGAGAACUUCCUCAAAGCUGGAGGUCUGAGUCUGGUCGUUAAUGUCAUGCAGAGAGACUCGAUCCCGUCUGAGGUGGACUAUGAGACCAGGCAGGGUGUCUACUCCAUCUGCCUGCAGCUUGCCAGGUUCCUGCUGGUAGGGCAGACCAUGCCGAGCAUCCUGGACGAGGAACUGGGCAGGGAGGGCCUGGACACGCUGUCCUCGCGGCCCUUCCGGAACGCGGGCCGGCAGAGCGGCCGGCAGCUCUCGCUGUGCGGAACGCCGGAGAAGUCCUCCUACAGGCAGAUGUCCAUGUCCGACAGGUCCUCCAUUAGGGUGGAGGAGAUUAUUCCCGCAGCACGGGUGGCCAUUCAGACAAUGGAGGUCGGGGACUUCACUUCCACCGUGGCCUGUUUCAUGCGGCUAACCUGGGCAGCUGCUGCCGGUCGAUUGGACCUUGUGGGGAGCAGUCAGCCAAUCAGAGAGAGCACCAACUCGCUGUUGCCUCUCGGGGUCCGUAACAGGGUCAGCAGCACAGGCAGUAACUGCAGCUCUAGCAGCGAGGGAGAGGCCACCACACUGCAGGCCGGAAUUUGCGUGAAACAGCAGAGUGUCUCCAUUAAGGACACGAUCAUUGCCCGCGAAGCACUGUCCCUGCUGGUCACUUGCCUACAGCUCCGCUGCCAGCAGCUCUCCUCUUUCUAUAACCUGCCCUGCGUGAACGACUUCAUCAUCGACAUCCUGCUGGGAUCUCCCAGCGGAGAGAUCCGACGUGUGGCCUGCGACCAGCUGUACACCAUGAGUCAGAGCGACACUUCCCCCUACCCUGAAGUGCAAAAGCCCAACCUGUUCCUGCUCAGCGUGGUGCUGGCCGCACAGCUUCCUCUCUGGUCGCCCACUAGUAUCAUGAGGGGCGUUAACCAAAGGUUGCUUUCACAGUGCACGGAGUAUUUCGACCUGCGUUGCCAGCUCUUGGACGACCUGACCAGCACAGAGAUGGAGCAGCUCAGCCUCAGCCCGGCCGGCAUGCUGGAGGAUGAGAUCAGCUGGCUGGACAACUUCGAGCCCACGUGGACCAGCGAGCUGGAGACCAGCGAGGCAGACAACAUCCUGCAGGCGGGACAUCUACGACUCAUCAAGACACUGCUCUCCCUCUGUGGCAGCGAGAAAGAGCAGUUCGGCCCCUCCCUUAUCCAGCAGCUGCUGGAUGACUUCCUGUUUCGGGCGUCGCGCAUCAUCCUGAACAGCAACAACCCUUCCAGCACUACAGCCCCUCUGCACGACUUCCACCCGAAGUGCAGCACAGUGAGCAGCCGCUUGGCAGCGUAUGAGGUGUUGGUGAUGCUGGCUGACAGCUCUCUCACCAACCUGCAGCUCAUCACACGGGAGCUGCUGUGCAUGCACCACCAGGCUGACCCAUCCCUCACCAAGGAGUUUGACUAUCUGCCCCCAGUGGACAGCCGCUCCGUGUCAGGGUUCGUGGGUCUGAAGAACGGAGGGGCAACUUGCUACAUGAACGCUGUCUUCCAGCAACUCUACAUGCAGCCUGGCUUGCCGGAGGCCAUCCUGUCCAUAGAAGACGAGACGGAGAAUCCAGAGGAGAGCGUGUUCUGCCAGGUGCAGUCACUCUUCGGCCACCUGAUGGAGAGCAAGCUGCAGUACUACGUCCCCGAGAACUUCUGGAAGAUCUUUAAGAUGUGGAAUAAGGAGCUGUAUGUGCGAGAGCAGCAGGAUGCUUAUGAGUUCUUCACCAGCCUUGUGGACCAACUAGAUGAACAUCUGAAGAAAAUUGGGAGGGAGCAGAUCUUCAAGAAUACGUUUCAGGGCAUUUUCUCAGACCAGAAGAUAUGCAAAGACUGCCCCCACAGGUAUGAGCGAGAGGAGACCUUCAUGGCGCUGAACCUGGGGGUGACCUCCUGUCAGAGUCUGGAGAUUUCCCUGGAUCAGUUUGUCCGAGGAGAGGUCCUGGAGGGCAGCAACGCAUACUACUGUGAGAAAUGCAAAGAGAAGAGAACCACAGUAAAGCGCACCUGUAUUAAGUCCCUGCCCAGUGUGCUGGUCAUCCAUCUGAUGCGUUUUGGCUUUGACUGGGAGAGUGGACGUUCCAUCAAAUACGAUGAGCAGAUACGGUUCCCAUGGGUGCUGAACAUGGAGCCGUACACGGUGUCGGGCAUGGCCCGCCAGGACUCCAGCGCUGACCACGGCGAGAACGGCCGAGGGGCGGAGCCUGGGGCUGGGGGCUCGCCCCGUAAGAAGGUCACCAUCUCGGAGAACUACGAACUGGUGGGAGUGGUUGUCCACAGUGGGCAGGCACACGCAGGACACUACUACUCAUUCAUCAAAGACCGCCGGGGCAGCUGGCGAGGUCGGUGGUACAAGUUCAACGACAACAUCGUGGAGGAGUUUGAGAUGAACGACGAGACUCUGGAGUACGAGUGUUUCGGCGGAGAGUACAGGCCCAAAGUCUACGAUCAGUCCAACCCGUAUCCAGACGUGCGGAGGCGUUACUGGAACGCCUACAUGCUCUUCUACCAGCGAAUCAGUGACCAGAACUCGCCCGUCCUGCCCAAGAAGAGUCGUGUGAGUGUGAUGCGUCAGGAAGCCGAGGACCUGUCCCUGUCGGCGCCCUCCUCUCCCGAGAUCUCCCCCCAGUCGUCGCCGAGACCACCCAGGGCCAGCAACGACCGCCUCACCCUGCUCACACGCCUGGUCCGGAAGGGGGAGAAGAAGGGCCUGUUUGUGGAGAAGAUGCCCGCGCGCAUCUACCAGAUGGUGCGGGACGAGAACCUGAAGUUCAUGAAAAACAGAGACGUGUACAACAGCGAUUACUUCAACUUCACGCUGUCGCUGGCCUCCGUCAAUGCGACAAAGCUGAAGCACCCGUCCUACCAAGCUAUGGCCAAGACCAGCCUGGAGCUGGCGGCCCAGUUCCUCUUCCACACCUACCUGCGCACCAAAAAGAAGCUCAGAGUGGACACGGAGGAGUGGAUCGCGACAGUGGAGAUGUUGCUGUCUAAGAGCAGCGAGGCGUGUCAGUGGAUGGUUCAGUACCUGGUGGGUCCCGAGGGCAGAGAAAUCAUCAGGAACUGUCUGCUGGAGUGCAGUGUGCGGGAGGUGCGCGUGGUGGUGGCCUCUAUCCUGGAGAAGACACUGGAGAGUGCGCUGUGCUUCCAGGCCCCCGGGCUGGACAGCCUCCUGGACAUGCUGCUCUCUCUGCUGGACAAGGACGUGCCGGAGAACUGCAAGAACUGCUCGCAGUACUUCAGCCUCUUCAGCAACUUCACCCAGAGGGGAGUCGGGCCAUGCCAGUUGUUGCUGAAACAUUCUGCUUAUCGUCGGAUGCUCGUCUUCCUGUUAGGGCCCAAUCGACAGAACAAUCAGAACCGGCGCUGGAGUUCUGCUCAGGCCCGAGAGUUCCUGCACCUGCACAACACACUGGCUCUGAUGGUGUUGCACACAGACCUCACAUCUCAGAGGACAGAGGUUCUCGGUGCCUUCAAACUCCGUUCCUCUGGCCUUGUGCCUUCAUCCUCCUCUCUCCUGCCACUGCACCCAGACAUCAACACACUGCUCUUUCAACCUGAAGGACAGCCUUACCUGAUGGAGGUGAUGUUUGCCAUGCGUGAGCUCUCUGGGCCUCUGCCCUUCCUCAUAGAGAUGGUGACCUACUGCAGUUUCUGUAAUGAGCCUUUCUCUCUCGCCGUGCUGCAUCUGCUGAAGAAUCAGCUGGAGAUGGCUCCUCCUCACGAGCUCAAGAACAUCUUCCAGAUGCUUCUGGAGAUUCUGAUGGUAGAGGACCCCCUGCAGUCCCAGAGACUGAAAUAUGCAUUUGAGUCUGAGAAGGGACUUCUGGCUUUGAUGCACCAGAGCAACAAUGUGGACAGUAGUCGCUGCUAUCAGUGCGUUAAGUUCCUGGUCACCUUGGCUCAGAAGUGCUCUCCAGCUAAAGACUACUUCAAAGAGCUGUCAGGACACUGGAGCUGGGCAGUGCAGUGGCUACAGAAGAAGAUGUCCGAGCAUUACUGGACGCCUCAGAGCAACGUGUCCAACGAGACCUCUACAGCGAAGACGUUCCAGCGCACCAUCUCGGCGCAGGACACAUUAGCCUAUGCCACAGCCCUGCUGAAUGAGAAGGAGCAGUCAGGGAGCAGUAACGGAUCUGAUGGCAGCCCAGCCAAUGACAACUCAGACCGCAGCCUCCGACAGGGCUCCGAGUCUCCUAUGAUGCUGGGUGACUCUAAAAGUGAUUUAGAGGAUGUUGACCCCUAACGCCGCAUCAAUACUCGGGGCAGUUUUUUUUUUUUUACACAAGGAGAAAUGUAGAAAACAAAUUUCCCUCCAAUGGAGAGACAUUGUGGCUCCAAGCAGCCAGUUGAAAGACUGCGUUUGACGUCUUUGGCAAGCAGUCUCCUGCCAGGAAAUAAGAAGCAGCAACCCACCCAAUCAGAACAUUUCCCUGUAGGUUGCCCCGGUAACGGUGCAGUUGGAAACGUUAUUUAUGGUGACGUGGGCAGAGGUGAAGCUGCGGAAGACCAGAGCUCAGCUCUUGCUGGAUAUCGUCACGUGUCUGAGCGCUGCCAUGCCAAAGGAGCUCAGUGGAUCGUGGAGGCGAACGUUUUUGCUUCCGUUCGGCCGUCACGUGACGCUCCGAAUUCAUGGUGCCGAGGAAGGGGUGUGGGGGUUUUAAAAAAUGUUCAAACAAAAAAGAAAGAAAGAAAAAGGGAGAAAAACGCCGUUUUGUGGAUAUUUGCCAAUGUAAUAAGAGAUGCUGUUCAUGAAAACUUAAAGCUGUGUUCCAUAGAUGUAACUUCAAAUGUAAAAUAAUAUUUUUAAGAAUCCUA